AUGGCGGAGCGGCCCACCGAGGAUGGCCGGAGCGCGAUGGAGGGCCUGAUCUUUGUCGUGCCGAGCGCUUCGAUGCCGACUCUCGCGGUUCGCGAGGCGUUUGGGCGAGAGGUCGCGCACCGCGGCUACCUUCCGAACCUGCGGCCGCUCUUUGAGCAGUGGCGGCGCUCACCGAGGUGGGGUGACUGGGCCAUGCCGGGCGACAGCCGCCCAGGCUUGCGCGAGGAGCCGCUGCUCGACGAGUCGCAGAAGCGGCUGCGCCAGUCCACGUCGUCGCCGGAGCUCGGCCACAGCCGCGACCCGUUCCAGCUACCGGCUCCCGCGGUGCUGCCCGCAAAGGCGUCGGGCGGCGGGGCGGACUGGGGCACCGUCUUCACCAUGUGCUCGGCCACGCUCGGCGCGGGAGCCCUCUCGCUGCCGUACGCGAUCAGCCAGAUGGGGCUGCUGCUCGGGCUCGGCCUGCUAGCGGCGACCGCGUGCGCGACCCACUACUCCAUCUCGCUCCUCGUGGGCGCGAUGGGCGCGACGCGGCUGCACUCGUUCGAGGAGCUUAACUACGGGGAGAUAUGCGGAGAU